AUGGAGACCUUUAAGCACUGGAUGAGGGACUGGAAGUACCCCACUUCUUUGUUAUGCAUCUAUGGGUUCUUCAGCACAAUAAAGCCUUUAGAAUCAUUCCUGAUCCCAUUUCUUACCGGACCAGACAAGAAUCUGACCAUGGAGCAGAGAGUGGCGCUGAAGCACUACCUGAACACCAGGACACUGGGACAGGUCCUGGUGUCUUUGAAACUGCUGUCCUACUACUACAUUCAAGUGUUCACACUGGUUCUCACAGCCAUUGCAUGGAUCACCACAAUCCUUCUCCCAAUGCCCAAGACAAGUAUGUUCUUCCACCAAAGGAAGCAAGCUAGUGGAGAGAAUGAUGGUGUAGAUAGGAGCAUGUUGGGUCAGAUAAAACCUCCAGAUCCAGAAGCUCCAGAUACAGCCAAAGAGAAAGGGACUAUAACUAAGGAAGAUGUCCAGAAUGCUGUACAGUUGGAUGGAUCUGGGAAAAAGCAGAAAGAACUGGAAGGAUCUAUUACUAGUUCCAGUGGAAAAAGCUCCAAGACAGGUAGGACUGCUGGGUGGGGUUGUGGUGAAGUUCUGCUCCGGUUGUGGACGGAUUUCCCGCAGUGUUUCUCCUCUCGUACGCUACUCUACUGGUCAGUGUGGUGGGCACUGGCUACCUGUGGGUACAACCAGACGGUGAACUAUGUCCAGUCGCUCUGGGAACAUGUGGAGCCGUCUAGCAACUUCACAGUUUACAAUGGAGGAAUGGAGGCCAUCUCAAACCUGUUUGGGGCUGCUGCGGUGUAUGGUAUUGGCUUUUCAUCAGCAGAUUGGUCCUGCUGGGGGGAGAUGGCUCUUGGUGCUGUGUCUUCCCUGGAGGGAGGCGUUCUCUUCGCUAUGGUCUUCAGUGGCAACAUCUGGGUCUGCUACUGCGGUUACGUCAUCUUUAAACAGAACAUAAUGCUGUUGAUUGUGCUUAACUUGUUCCAGAUAGCAGCAGGGUUGAACAUUGAGUGUUUUCUUGUGUUUGGAGCAAACACCUUCUGUGCUCUGGUCUUCCAGACAAUCAUCACCUUAGUGGUGGUGGACAGCAGGGGGCUUAAUCUGGACAUUGUCACACAGUGUAUCGUCUACGGUGCAUAUGUUUCAGUUAUUGUGCUCGUUUUCUUCGUGCGGGUUUUGUAUACCACAAUAUGCCAAAGAUGUAAGAUGGAAACAAAAAGAGAGGAACUUGAAAGAACUUGUAAGGUAAAAGACGAUAUUACCGGAACAAAAUUCUGAACGCAAGUAAAAGGAAACACACAACUGCUGAAUGCUCUGUUUUAAGUCAACGUAUAAUGAAAAUUGACCAAUUUUACUUUCUUAAUACAGGUUCCUGGUCUAUAUAUAUAUUUUUGUCUUCAGUCAUAAUCAUAAACAAACCCAUAUUCAGGUCUGGUAUGGAACACCCACUUUUCACAGUCCAAACGAUUCCAAAAAGGUUAAAAUCAAGCCCCGUCUUAUUUUUCUUAUUGAAUAUGUUGUUUCACUCAGAAAUAUGGGGUUGCGAAUGGCGUUUCAUGUUUAUGACAUCACAUUUCAUUAAUGUAAGACCAGAAGGAAAUACAAAAACAUAACUGUUUUUCUUAGGUAAAAUUCAUUGUAGUAUAUAUUGCAUAUAUAUAUAAUUUAUUUAUAUAUACACACACACAUUAACAUAAAGUUAUGUAACAUAAGUGGUUUUGAGUAAGAGUCCCAUGUUAACACCUGGCCAGGUGAGAGUUCAGGAGAGGUUUACAUCCAAAAGUCUUGUUUUAAACUCAUUAAAAAAAAAAAAAAAAAAAAAAAAAAAAAA